UUAGUUUUAGCAAAUGUUAGCUAGCUGGCCAUUAGUUCUUUUGCAGAUUGCGCAUGGUUAACUCAUAACUGGGUUAUUUUUUUAGCUGGUGAGAAUGAGAGGGUCCCUGCCGCUUUCGUUUAGCCCACGUCGGUAGCAUGCGGCGCUUACAGUCGGCCGCCAUCUGGAGUGUUUAGCCGAGGCCGCUAACGUGGGUGUCGCGGUUACGCGGCGCGUGCCCGUUAAAAGCGUCAUUUUCGUUAAGCGCGGUUAAGGCCUGUGUUACAGAUUGAGUGUCCCGAGUUGCUGUGUUUGAGUGGAGUUUAUCGACAUUUGAUUUACUCCGCGGCGUUUUCGGGCCUCAUUCGCACGAUUGACUGUGUAAAAUGGAUGGCAGUGCGGCCCGCCGUAGUGUAGCCGCACGGCGGGGGGAGGCGGGUUUUCCCGCUUCGCCGAAAUGGUCGCUGGGUGGCGGGAUGGGGGGUCAAAGUCGAGCGCCUGUGUCUUCUCUGUCCUUCUCCGGGCCAUACUGUUAAGGUUACGCCUGUAUGAGUUUUAUCAGCUUUCACAUGCGCUGGGUUAAUGGUGUCAUCGUUUAACGCCGAUCCUUCCUCACUAUGGCGUCUGAGUAGCUGGCGGAGGCCGACCGGCCGCUUCAGUGUGGGGGAGUGAUGAGUGACAGACACCAAAACGGCGGAGUAUCUCGCUCUUUGGAAAACUUAGGCCCCGUGAAAGAAGCUGCUCUUACCAUGGACAGCCAGGGGGAGGCACCGAUGCACCACCACACUGCUGUGACAAUGGAAUCUGCUGGAAAAGCAUAUCCAGAAGAGGGAGGCUCAGCAAACCCUGUGGAAAUGAUUCCGAUCAAGGAGGGUAGUGAGACGUCCCGUAAGAAAAGCAAGAAGCAUAAAAGGCACAAAAAGAAAAAGAAGAAACGCAAGGAAGGGAAAGAGAGCAGCUCUGAAUCAGGGGUUGACUCUGAUCGAGAGGCACAAAAUCAAGCGAGUUUGAAGAACCAUUCUCUUAUUGAAGAGGAUGGAAGCAGAUUUUGUCGUAAUGAUGUUAAAGAUUCAGCUGGAGGACUGAUAACAGAUCUACAUGUGGAAAAAGAGGAUGGCAAAACUAAAAAACAAAAGCAUUCUAAGAAGAAGAAGAAGAAGAAGAGAAAAGGAGAGAAAAAGUCUCCUUCCCAUUCAAGAUCAGAGAGCACUUCUGUUUCUGGGUCUGACUCUGAACUAGAGUCCAGGCCUUCAUUACCAUCCACAGUACCCUUGGACAUUAAGGAACAUGAGGAGCAUCCCCGUCCUUUGAAAUACUUGGGCAAGGUUGAGUCUGCCAUGAAACCUUUUAGCAAGACAGAAGAGCAUUCUCCCAUGAAAACCUUGGUCAGCAAGCCUGAAGUGAAGGACUCUACAGUGAGAAUGCUGGACAAGCCAGAAGGGAGAGCAUCUCCAAUGAGAGCCUUAGACAAGUCUGAGGAGAAGCAUGAACUCACGACAGCCCUGGAUGGCUCGGAAGUCCAAGAGAUACCCAUGAUGCUUUCUGCUAAAUCCUUGGAAGUGCAUGGGAUGAUGGAGUCUUCCCAAUUCUUGGACAGUGAUGGGGGGAAUAUUAGAGGGAUUCCCUGCUCAGACAAGCCUCAAGAGAGGGCUUCUCAGCUGUCUUUUAGUGAAGAUAAUGGAAGCACUAGUUUUGAGGCUGAGAGUGUUAAAACCAAGGGGGGGACCCAAAAACCAAAUUUUGCAGAAAGUCAUAAAAUGCCCAUUGAAGAUUCUUCCUUGGAGGCUGCAGAGAAUGUUGUCAGUUUGGGGAACACUGGGGAUCAAGUAAGUUUUUGCAAAGCUCAGGAUUUGCCUGAUAUAAUUCCUAAACUUCAGGGUACACAAGACGAAGAGCCUGUUAAAGGAGAGUCUAUCUCAAAGGACAAAGAAGCGGAACCAGGCGCCAAGCAUGAAAAGAGACAUGGAAGCAGCUCUAGAUCGCGGUCAAGAUCAGCCUCAAAGGCAAAAAAAGAAACAUCACAAAAAACCAUAUCCAAAAAAAGUCUUAGCCAGUCUCGAAGCCCAAAACGAGCCUCUGGUAAACCUAGUACCCGAAAAGAUCGUUCAUCAUCUAGAAGAAGGACUAGAUCUACCUCACGAAGGAGGAUCAGUCCGCGGAGGCGCUCCAGGUCUCAUUCAAGGAGACGUAAAUCUAGAUCACGAUCCAUCCAGAGGUCAAGGCGCAAAUCUAGGUCCUACUCUCCCAAGAGGAUUCAAAGAUCCAACUCUCGCACGCGUAGGCGGUCAAAGUCAAGGUCUCCGCGUCGCAGACAUAGCCGAUCUCGUUCGGUUGUGCGGGUGCGUAGGUCUCGGUCGCGAUCUCGUUUUAAGUACAGACAGUCGCGAUCCAGAUCUAAGAGGUCCCGUUCUCGUCGAAGGUCACGCUCUGCAAGGAGGGGCAGACGCUCAAGGUCCCGGUCUCGGUCCCAUUACAGGAGAUCUGUGUCCCGUUCCAGAAGGUCACUGUCUAGGUCCUAUAAGCGAGCCAGAAGGACUCGCUCCAGGUCCAUUGUUAUCCUCAGGCGAUCAAGAUCAAGAUCUCUCCUAAGAAGAUACAGACGGUCAAGAUCUUUAAGGCGGAACCGAUCAAGAUCCCUGAGAAGACGGCGAUCUAAAACUCGGUCACCACGACGAUCUAGGCGUUCUAGGUCUAGGUCUCGAUCGAGGAAGAGACGGUCAAAAUCUCGAUCUCUGAGGAGAAAUAGGUCGAAGUCAAGAUCAGUUCAGCGCAAUAGACGUUCCAGGUCAAAGUCUCCAGGCAGACGCCAUCGGUCAAAGUCUAAAUCUCCCAAAGGUGACCGAAAACCAUCUAAAUCACCUGAGAGAAGUAAACACUCAAAAUCUGCUUCUCCCAAUAAACCCAAAUCGAAAUCUGGAUCUGUUUCUAGGGAGCAGCAGUCAUCUGAAGCCAGUCAGUCUUCAGCUGAGGAACCACAAGGCCCUAAAGCAACAUCCCCAACCCUAGAAAAUGUUGAUCCCCCAACACAGGAAAUUCAGGUGGAAGAUGAUGUUCCUGUCAGCAAUGAGGAACCAAGCCUUUUCACAGAAAUAAGUUCUGCAACUGUGAGUACGGUGAAACAGUUUGUGGAAGAGGAAAUUGCCUCAACCUUUUCUGUAUCUGAGGAAAAGCCCUCUCGUGUGUCUGUGGAGAGUAGUGUUGAUACAGAGGCAACUGUUGUGACUGCGGGCUUCUGGAAGCCGGUACCUUUCUUGAGUAUCUGCAAGGAACCACCUGUUUCCACAGAAUCUGUUUUCAGCCCAUCUUCAGAGGCUAGAACUGCAAUCGAAAUUGAACCACAUGAAUGUUUACCAGUGGCUCUCACUGAAAAGUGCAUAUCCCCUGAGACUUCGUCAAAUGAGCAGGGUUUAUCUGAUCUUAAGCCUCUGCACACUGAAAUUGAGUCACCAGCUUCUGAAAAAAAUAUUUUCCACACCUCUGAGAGGCCAUGUGCUUUUGAGGAUGGAAAUCAGCUCAUUACCAGUAGGUCAAGGUCUGUCUCACCACAUUCUGACAAUCCAUCAGAACCAUUGCCUGAGUUACCAGACAGCUCUAUGGCUGAAGAGCCAGAUUCUUUGGCUGCUGAAAUUGAGAAACCUGCAAUUGACACAGAAGCUUCCAAUGACCAUAGAAGUUCUGCACCAGGGACCCCAACAGAGUGCAUACCAGAAAUUAAAAUUCAGCUAGAUCGUUCAAGAUCACAGUCAGCUGAACGUGCAAGUGAAGAGAGGCAGUCUGAAAUGAAAUCUCCAUCUGAAGGUCCAAAGGAAAAACCAUCUAAACUGCGGUCCUCGAAAUCCCCCUCCAGGAAGACCCUCUCAAAGUCUAGAUCUUCCUCGAGAAGAAAGAAAACAAAGUCACGAUCUCCCACUCGUCGAAAGCAUUCAAGAUCCAGCUCAUCUUCUGUUAGAAAGCUUUCUAAUACUCGAAGGAAGAAGUCAAAAUCCAGAUCUCCGGUGCGGAAGAGGAAAUCCAGAUCUCCAUCCCACAGUAGGAAAAGGAAGUCUAAAUCUCGAUCUCCCACAAGGAGGCAGCGGUCAAGAUCCAGAUCAACUAGGAGGAGAAAAUCAAGAUCGAAAUCUACAGUGAGAGCGAAGGGUUCAAGGUCUCGGUCUACAAAAAGGAGGCGUUCAAAAACUAGAUCUCCCGUGAGAAAGAACCGUUCAAAGUCUCGUUCGCCUCGGAAAACAAAGCACUCGAAAUCUCGAUCUGCCACUCGACGGAGGAAAUCCAAAUCUGCAGAAAAAUCAAAGCGUUCAAAAACCCGCUCCCCUGCUAGGAAGAGACGGACAAGGUCCCGUUCUGCAACAAGGACUCGGCGUUCAAGGUCGAGGAGGUCGCGAUCACACUCUAGACGGAGAAGAAGUUUCCGCAGUCGUUCUUUUGAUCGACGGGACCGUUGGAAGCGUGAGCCAAGUCACUCCCCCAUUCUCAUCCUCCGCAAGAAGAGGUCCGCCUCCCGUUCUCGGCGCAGCUCCAGCAAAACCCCACCUCGGCUCACAGAGCUCGACAAGGACCAGUUGUUGGAGAUUGCCAAGGCAAAUGCAGCUGCCAUGUGUGCCAAGGCAGGGAUGCCUAUCCCAGAGAGCCUGAGACCCAAGGCUAUCCUGCAGUUGCCUCUGCCAACCCCUGCUCCCUCACCCCUGAAUUUGCCCUUGCCUCUGCCUAUGAACCUUCCCAUGAGUCUGCCUAUGGGCAUGCCCAACAUCAGCAUGAAUGCGGCCAUGGCCACCAUGACGGCCGCCACUAUGACAGCCGCUUUGACCAACAUGGGCGCCCUGGCAAACAUGCCCGCUCUGCCAACUAUAACAAACAAGCCCCCGCCUGUGCCCGUGCCCAACACCGCUAACAUUGAGGAGGCAAAGAGGAAGGUGACCCAGACAGCUAACAGCAUCAGCAUCAAGGAGCUGACAGAGAAGUGCAAGCAAAUUGCAGAGAGCAAGGAGGAAAUGGCCAUUGCCCAGCCCCACGUUUCUGAUGAUGAGGAUUAAGUCCUACCCGCUCCCCUCUCUCCCCGCCCUUCUGUGAUGUCUGCACCUGAUUGCAUCUGCAACAUCUUACAAGGAGCAGCGUUUAGAAGCCUUCUUGCCUUGCGUCAUGGUGUCAUUAGGGUCAUUGGAUCAGAACAAGGAGGGAGGGAGUCUGGGACAAUGGAGGGAAACCAUGCAGCACAGAGAAGAUGAGGGCUGCACCAACCAAGAUGACUGCAGUGCAAGUGUUAGAGCACCAACUGUCUUUGCCCCUGCACCUUCCAGGUUGGAAGCACCUUUUUCCGUCGGGUGUCCUGACAGAUGCUGAGAGCGACUGUGGCUCUAAGGUGUGAACAAGGGGUUCGGCAACUUUCAUGAAACUAGUCCCCCCAACAAACGUGCGUUCCCAGGUUUCUCUUCUGCCUACCUGGGUUCAGGAGAGGAAAAACGGCACGCCCUCGUUCUCAAACGCAACACCUUACUGGGGUAAUUGGAGACUAAGGACAGACUGUUUGCCCAAAUUGAUACCAAAUUGGUCAGCAUAUUUACUAGGAUACCUUGUGAUUUGCCGUACUUGAAUUUCUGCUUUUAUUUUGCUUUUAAGUCAUUUUUAAACCCUUCGGCUGCUGGCGGGGCAGCUGAAUGACUUACUGUCUUGGUGCAAAUUCAGUAUUAGUACACCCUUAGGCCUUUCUGGGACUCCACGUGUUUUUGGAAAUAUAACGAAUAAUAAAUAAAGGAGUAGACAGUGUCCAAUUAAAUAUUUCUUUGGCAGAUUUAAAUGUUUCAAAGCUUCCGAAGUUUUGACACUUGUCCAGAAAUCGACGCAAAUAAUGCUUAACUAGAUAAUUGCCCUGAAGCACCUUUCUGUAUCAGGGCUUUUCUGUAGAGUGUAAUUAAGAACCAGUCAUCAGCUUCUUAGUUCAAUUUCACUUAUUAAAAAAAGAAAAAAAAAAAUACUGAAACUGCAUACGAAACUUUUUUUGACAAAUUCUUUGUGGUCUGAUGCUUUUGACACCUUUUCUGUGUAAUUUGUGUGUUAUUUUUUUGUGUAUUUUGUGCAUCUUUACAUGCAUUAACACAUCGCUUAAUUUUAUUUUUCCCUCUCUGGAUGCUCAUUCAUUGGUUGGACAAAGUAAUGUCUGUCAGAAUUCGGUUAAAGACCCCCUGAGGGGCUUCGAUGUCCCCCCAGGGAUCGUACCUCUGGGAUGCAUAGGGUUGCCUGAUGACUUUGGGAUGGAUAUAUAUGUAUAUAUAUAUAUACAUAUAUAUAUACACGCGCGCGCGCACACACACACACACAUAUAUACACAUAAUUUUUUUGCUUCCUAAUCAUUGCAAAUGCUUCUGCGCUGAAGUUCAGUUAAAAUAUGGGCCUUGGGAACGUUGCCCGUCGUAACUAUCACCACCCCCCCCUUGUUGCUUGUUCACGCACGCGCAUAAUCACAUGUGCAACACGCAUCCUUGCAUAUAGCUCAGGUGGCAUGUGCUUUACUGUAUUUCUACGGCCUGGUUGUGCUGUAGCUAUCACUCGACCAAAAUUACUAAGCUUGUGCUGGCAAAGGGAUGAGGUGACCAUCUCGACAGGUGUCGGGGGGGAUUGCCUGUGGAGACUGAAGGCAGUCCUUUUGGGCUGCUCUGUGGACAGGUAUUGUCUCACAGCCUGGAUGUUCCCAGUGAGCAUUUUCGCUCGGCUCAGCUGGAUAUCUGCAAGCGCAGAACCACAACGUUCCCGUUUGGGUCUUCGAGUGUGUGAGAGUAAGGUUUCCACACUGGGUUGUUUUGCUAUCUGGACCUCUGUUUAAAAGGCAGAUUUGAUUAAGGGUCUCGAUUCAAGGUUCACCACGCGUUGUGUCCAUUGUGAUGUCCAGUCUAGUAAUUCUGUAUGAUGUUAGUACUCCAUCCUACUGUUGAACCAGACCUUCUAAAUAAAACAUCUGGCUCUGUCUUUUUAUAUUCUGUAAAAUGUCAUUUUAGUAUUUUUUAAAGCUGUUAGUUGGUUUGCUUUGUACAUAAUGCUAUGUGGAUUAUUAAAGGAAGCCCUGAAAACUA